GUGACGUCAGUACGCGACGUGUCAGUCAUGGCGGCCGAUAUUACACUGCUGUUCAAAGCGAGCGUGAAAACCGUGAAAACGCGGAAUAAAGCGCUCGGGCUGAUGGAGACUACCGGGAGAGAAGAACCGGGAGCCGCGAAGAGACCCAGACCGAGACAGAGGGACAGUUUCAGCUUCAAAGCCCGAGAAGUGAUCUCCAACAUCUCCAAGUUGAAGGACUUUCUGCUGCAGCACCGGAAAGACUAUGUGAACGCCGGCAGUGUGAUGAGCUCAGACGUGUCCCGUAUGACAGACAGCGAGCGUGAUCAGAUCGAUCAGGAUGCGCAGAUCUUCAUGAGGACGUGUGCAGAGGCCAUCAGCCAGCUGCGCUCUGAGAUGGACAAAAAGCAGGUGUCCAUGCAGGUGAAGGACCAUCGAGCAGCAGUGUUGGACCUGAUAGACUCGUAUCUCAAAGGUGUGUGUAAGCUGUACUCUGAGCAGAGAGCAGUGCGUGUGAAGAGAGUUGUGGACAAGAAGAGACUAUCCAGAUUAGAGCCAGAGCAGAUCAACACAGAAAAACGGCAGAGCGACGGAGAGGAGAACGAUAAACCAGUCUCAGAUGGAAAUGUUGAUUUGUGGGAGGAAAACAGAGUCGAGGAUGACCUUUCACCUGAGGAAAUACAGAUGUUUGAGCAGGAGAAUCAGAGGCUGGUCGGGGAGAUGAACAGUUUGCUGGAUGAAGUCAGGCAGAUCGAGGGGAAGGUGGUGGAGAUCUCUCGUCUGCAGGAGAUCUUCUCAGAGAAAGUCCUCCAGCAGGAGACUGAGAUAGACAGUAUUCAUCAGCUGGUUGUCGGAGCGACAGAAAAUGUAAAAGAAGGAAAUGAAGACAUCAGAGAGGCGAUCAAGAAUAACGCUGGCUUUCGUGUCUGGAUCCUCUUCUUCCUGGUCAUGUGUUCGUUCUCGCUGCUCUUUCUGGACUGGUACGACAGCUGAACAGCAGCAGGAUCUGUGUGUGUGUGUGUGUGUGUGUGUGUGUGUGUAUUCCCACACAGUUAGUCUCCCAGUUGUGAUGAGCUCAGUGUGGAACAUCUUAAACUCAAUAAAGCGUCCUCUGUUCA